AUGAGCAUCUAUUUGAGUCGAUCAUUUCCAAGAUCUAAUUCCAGUUUUCUCUUAUGUAGUGGAAACGCCUUACAAUCUUCCGUUUUACGCUUAAGGGAAGAAAUGUUCUUGGUGGAUGCAGGACCUGGGACCCCCAGAAUUUGUAUGCAAGAUGAGCCUACAGGAGUGCCAAUCAACCGAGCCGCCAGGUUUGAGAAUAAGGUUGGAUCCCUGGAUGUAGUGGCUGGUGAAUCACUGAUCAAAGAGCGGAUUUUGGAGAGAUUCUUCAUCGAUCUAGUGGCCGGUGAAUCACUAAUCAAAGAGCGAGCAGCCGCCAGGUUGAAUGAGUUGGUGGGAUCCACAGAUGUAGUGGCUGGUGAACCGCUUCUUCUUCUUCCACGAAGAUUCAGACAAAACCGAGCUUGGAUGGAGCUGAACAAGAUUUGGCGAACGAAUCAAAAGGUGAAAGGGUUUCUGAUUGAGAAAGUCAAAGGAGGUUAUUCAGUAGCAAUCGCAGGUUUCAUUACUUCUCUUCCAUUCCGUUCUUUCAACACUCAAAGGAUAGCGAAUGAUCGAUUCACCAUUGAGAGCAUGAACCCCAAAAGGACGAAGAUGUUGGUCUUGGCAGAUUCAACCAAAACUUGA